AUGUUACGAGCUAGGGGAUCGGAUAGAAACGCCGACAAGCACAACGGUCUAGCGACUGAAUUGGAAGAAGUAUCGACACUUAUCGACAGUGACGUUAUGAAGACGGUUCGCGUGGUAGGAGUCACCACGACAUUUGCGGCUAGACGACAUGAUCUAAUGCGGAAGUUAUUUUCGCCAAUUGUAAUCGUUGAAGAGGCAGCCGAAGUGUUGGAAGCUCACAUUGUUGCUUCAUUGACUACGAGAUGCCAACAUCUCAUACUUAUUGGUGAUCACAAACAACUUCGCCCAUCCGCUGCGCACUACAAGUUAGCUAAAUUUUAUAACCUAGAAAUCUCACUCUUUGAAAGAAUGAUAAAGAACACAAUACACUCCAAAACGUUGAUCACUCAACGUCGAAUGUGUCCAAAAUUUGUGGAGCUAUUGGUACCGACGAUUUAUGACAAGCUUGAUAGUCACUCUAGUGUUUAUGGUUACAACAAUGUACGUGGAAUGAAGGAUAAUCUACACUUCUUUAGCCAUAGUGUAUAUGAGGAUUCCGAGGGCUUAGAAGACACUUGGAGCCACAGAAAUACAUUUGAAGCCCAAUGGAGUGUAGCACUUGCAAAUUAUUUAAGAAAAAUGGAUUAUUCAGCUGAAGAUAUUACAAUUUUAAGCACAUAUACUGGUCAAGCUGCCCUUAUAAAAGAGCUAAGCAAAAAGCAUCAGCUCCUACGCGAUGUAAGGAUCACAGUAGUGGACAACUACCAAGGAGAAGAGAGCAGGAUAGUGAUAUUGUCUUUAGUUAGGAGCAACAGAGAUGGCAAUAUAGGUUUUCUUUCGGCGGCAAAUAGGAUAUGUGUAGCCUUGUCUAGAGCUAAAGAAGGUUUUUACCUAUUCGGUAACAUAAACGUACUUAGCACAGCGUCGUCAAUAUGGCAAGGAAUUCAUAAGAAAUUGGUUUCUCUGAAUGCUAUUGGAGAAGCUUUUGUGGUGCAAUGCUCAAGACAUGGCCAAAUUUGUAAAAUUGAAAGUCCGCAAGCAUUCAACGAUUGUCUUAAAGGAGCUUGUUUAAAACAUUGUCCCUAA